AUGAAAAGAGAAAAAAAACAAGUUUCUGGUCGGCCAAAGAAAAAAAAUAAAAAGAGCUAUAAUACUGGUCGAAAAGAAGUAAAAAUUGAGACUGCUUCAAUUAGAACUUUGCAAAGACGAACUAAAAAAUUAAGGGAAAACUUAAAAGAAAUUCAAGAUGCCGCGAAAAUAAUAAAAGUCGAGGCUAAGGAUGUUACAGAUGUGGGAGAACAUUCUGAGCAAUAUACAAAUACUAUCUUAAGGCACUCAAAGGAAUCAGCCUUAGCAUUUUUCUUGGAGAAUGAUUUUUCAGUGGCGAGCUAUAAAGCACUAGUUAGUGAUACUAUUUCAAGAAAUUGUCCUAUUUACCCAUGCUAUGACAUUGUCCAUCAGGCAAUGGAUGAAUGUAUGCCAAAAAAUAUUAAAGUAAGUGAGAUCGAAGUUAUGGUGCCUCUUCAAGAAAUAUUAAAUAAAUCUACUGAACGACUUUGUGAAAGCGUUGCUUUAAACUGGAGCGAAGAAGCAUUGUAUAAAUUAAAACUAAUUAUUACCCUAGGUUUUGAUAGUUCAUCAGGACAUGUAAAUCCGCACCAAAAAUGCAAAAAUUCUGAAAACGAAUCUUCUAAUCCACAACAGUCACUUUUUGUUAGUAGCCUUAUUUUAAUUCAAUUAAGAAAUGUCGAUUUUGAUAAAGUUUCGUGGUUGAACCCAACUCCGCAGAGCGUUCGAUUUUGUCGGCCUUUACAAAUAGCUUUGGAGAAAGAGGACGAGGAAGCAACACUAAAAGAACAUUUUAGAUUGAAAAAAGAAAUCGAACAGCUUCUUCCAUAUCGAUUCAAAAUGUCAAAUGGUAAAUCUGCGAGGGUACAAUAUGAUAUUUAUGAAACCUUGCUUGAUGGGAAAUGCCUCAAUACAAUCGUCAAAAAUAAGGCUUCAAGUAGAUGUCCCAUAUGUUUACGGACUGCACAUCAAUUUUCAAACCUCGCAGAUAAUUUUACUGCUUCAGAAGCAAACCUUAAAUAUGGAUUAGGGCUACUACAUUGCGAGAUAAAAGUAUUUGAACAUUUUCUUGGUCUUGGAUAUCGUCAGGACCUUAAGUCAUGGGAUGUGCGACAACCUGCAAAAGUCGAUUUUGAGGAGCGCCAAAGAAUUCUUCAAAAAAGAAUAUAUGAAAAACUAAAAGUUCGAGUGGAUCAAGUACUUCAAGGUCAUGGCACAACGAACACAGGAAAUGUGGCAAGACGAUGUUUCCAAUCUCCUGAGUUAUUUGCCAAUGCAUUAGAAAUUGAUGUUCAAUUAGUAAUUGAUUUGAGCAAAAUAAUAUUAUGCUUUAAAUGUAAAGAGGAACUUGAAUUAAAUAAGCUGGAGAGAUUUUGUUUGCAAACGUAUUGCCGAUAUUACGAGCUUUAUCCAUGGGCCCGAAUGAGUCCCACAGUCCACAAACUUUUGAGGCAUGGAUGCGAUAUUGCUCGACAACUUCCACUUCCUAUUGCAUAUUAUGCCGAAGAUGCCAACGAAUCCUGGCAUAAAUAUUACAAACGCAAUAUGGUUGAGCACUCUCGGCAGAACAGCAGAGAACACCGCUUACUGGAUGUAUUUAAUCGAGCAGUGUACAUGACAGACCCAAAAAUAUCUUUAAUGCUUAUAGAUAGUAGAGUUAACAAGAGUAAAACUGUACAGUCAAAUUUGUCCGAUAUACAGGAAUUUAUUAAAACAAAAUAG